UCUUACGAAAGCGUCCCUAACAUCGAGGACUAUAGUUUCGCUAGACAUGGCCAGUGUACUGCAACCGUUGAAAGUCCUCAGUGUUGCGUCUUGCACCAGACACACCGCUACGGUCAUAUUUGUCCAUGGACUAGGGGAUUCCGGCCAUGGCUGGAAGCCGGUAGCAGACAUUCUCCAAGGCGAUCCAGGCCUUAGCCACGUCAAAUGGGUGCUUCCUCAUGCACCCACGAGGAGGGUGACAGCCAACAGGGGUAUGGAGAUGCCCGCGUGGUAUGACAUCGUGGCCUUCGGCGCGGAUUCAGACCCUCCUGAAGUUGAAGAAGGCAUGCUCCAGUCGGUAAGAUCACUGGAGCGGCUGAUUGCGAAUGAGGUGUCGGAGGGGAUUGAUCCAUCCCGGAUUGUCUUGGGUGGUUUCAGUCAAGGAGGAACCAUGUCCUUGCUGACUGGGCUUACGAUCGAGAUGAAACUCGGGAGUAUCGUUGUCCUUAGCGGUCGGCUAGCUCUGAAGAGUAAAAUCAAAACUAUGCUGUCGCCUCAUGCAAAGUCAGUGCCUAUUUUCUGGGGCCACGGAACGAGCGACCCUGUUGUCAAGUACCAAUUCGCAACGGAUUCCCUGGAUUUCAUGAAGUCACAGCUGGAAAUCAUCACCAUAGACCGGAAAUUGGCCAGUCCUACCUCUGGGGGUGUGGUGUUUAACCCGUAUCCAGGAAUGGGACAUUCCACCUCCCAACAGGAGCUGGAUGAUCUGCGCGAAUGGUUGAAGCUGGUGUUACCCAAGGAUAGCGCAUGAAUUAUCGUUCAAGAAUUUGUCCAUAAUUCUCUUGCAAGAACAGUGGGAGCGGGAUGAAGGGGGACCGCGUAAUGCCGUCGAAGUCCACCUCCUCAUACAAUAGAGAAAUACGAUGUUCUGCAUGUUUUUCUGGAAGGCAAAGGGACGAAGUCCGG